UAACAAAUAACCAUAAAAGGGGUUUUGUUUUUAAGUUAGAAUAUUGUAUUUAAAACUAGUGACUAAAUUAAACAGUAGUCUGCCUAUUUAAUAGAUUCAUACCUAUUAGUAAUUACUCAUUAGUAGCUAUGACUGAUUCUGUGAAUAAAGAACUAAUAAAACGAGUACAAUUAUCUCUACCAAAAUAUAUAAAUAAGCCACAGCUAACAGAAAAACUACUAAGUAAACCACCAUUCAAAUUUCUUCAUGAUAUUGUUACAAAUGUUAUCCAAAGUACUGGUUAUUUAACAGAUGUUUUCACUGAUGAAGAAAUUAUAUCUACAAAUGUUACUACUAAAGAAACUAAAAUCAAAUUUUUAGAAAAGCUUAUAACUGCCAUUCAAUCAACAACAAAUAAAACAAUAUCAGCAAGACCCUCUAAAAUUGUUGCAGGACUUGAAGUAACAAAGACUUUGGAGUUGCUUAUAGCGAUUGUUUUUGGAAUAGAAACAAAAAAUAAAGAGGUUAAAGAACAAAUUUCACCUAAUAAAAAAACUAAAAAACCAGAAACUACAAAAAUUAAUAAUCAAAAUAAAUCAAAACUGUUGGAAAAAACCAAAUCUCUAGAAAAAACCAAAUCACUAGAAAAAAAAGUAAAAGAAAAUAUUGAUCAUGAUUCCCAAAAAAAAAUACAAAAAUCUGAUAGUUUGGAAUCGUCAGUGGUUAAAAACGAUGAACCCGUUAGUAUGGAGAUGGAUACAACAACAAAAUAUGAUGGAGAAUUCAGUGUAAAACCAGUUGAUGAAGAAAUAAAGAAUAUUGUGGAUAGCUCUGUUAAAACUGAAGAACCAAUUGAAAACAAAUUACAAUCAGCAAUCAAAUCCAAAACAGAAAAAAAAACUUCUGAAUCAAUAGAAAAAACUAAUCCAGAAGAGAAUCCACUACGGAAAUUAAGUGAAACUCAUAAUAUUAGUAAACCAUUAAGGCCAAAAAGUUCAAGACCACCAGCGCCUAAUCGUCGUCCUCAAUCAAAUACAUUUACAGAGAUUCCUAAACAUUCAGACAGUUUUUUUUCAAAAAACAAUGACAAAAUAAAUGACAUUGAUGACAAUAUUGUUACAAUUGAAGUAUUAAAUGACAAUAAGUCAACUUAUGAUUCUUAUACCCAGGAAGAUGGACAAGGUCAUCUUGUAUCACAAAUACUUCAAACACAAAUGGAAUUUAAUAUUAAAAAGAAGACAGACUCUUCAAAAAUAGAAUGGGAAGGAAAAAAUGUUAAAGAUCAAGAGAUGUUAACUAAAGAAAUGGAUACAAUCAGGCAAUUCAUUCAAGGCAUAACAAAGUCUGCAAAUCCAUUAAGUAAACUUAUUAACAAUAUGCAAGAAAAUAUCGAUCAAAUGAAUCGAGAGUUGAACUACUGGAAAAAUUUUACUGAAAAAACUAAUGAAAAGCUUGAUUUACAACAGCGGGUAGUUGAAGAACAAAUUAAGCCAAUGGUUAUGUUAUUGGAAAAACUGACAAUUGAAGUUAAAGACGAAUUGGAAAUGAUGGAUUACUGUAAAGCAAACAUUAUAAAAAACAAAUCUCAUAUUAACUACUUAGUUUCAGAAAGGUUUAUGUUAAAAAAUUAAUUGGAUAUCAAUUGUUUUUUUGAAACUAGGGAAUAUUAAAUUUAUAAUUUUAUUGUUAUUUAUUAUCUAGCUAAAAAAUAUGUACUACAGUAGAACUCCGAUUAUCCAGAUUAAUUAAUGUCAAGAGUGGUCUGUAUAAGCAAAUAUCCGGAUGAUUGACAUAUUAUUACAUAUUUAUAUGACGUUAUAACGAUUGACAGACUAAACUGUACAAAAGAUUAGACAACAACUGACUUACUAAGAAUACCUAUUCUUAUCGGAAGAAUACCUAUAAUAUCUAUUACGAUUCUGAGGAACGACAAAAUACGAUUACGAUUUACGAGUUAUUAAAAGACCAAACAUUUUUUUUCUCGUCCGGUUGAUUGACAUUUGGAUAAUCGAAGUUAUGCUGUACUUAGUAAAUCACUGAAAUAUUUUGAUCUCACAUUAAAAGGUUUCUAAAAAAAGAUAAA